AUGGCUCUCACACCCACAAAUCCAAAUGAUGAGAUGUCUCUGCAGACGAAGAUAGACUGGAAGGAACAACAGUUGACUGAGAAAAAUAAUGGCUUUCUCCAAAACCUCAAUAUGGCUGAAGGUGUAAUGCAGAAGUAAGUCGUCAUGGAGCUCUCAGGAGUGGAGAAGAUCAUGGAAAUUAGAAAGCAAUUAGGAGAAAUGGAUAACAAAUUUAACCAGGACACAUCAGAGAUGGAGUCUGAGUAUGGCCAAGACCCACAGAGCAAUGAACAGGAUGAGCAGGAAGCAGAUACUGUUCAUGAGGACACUCAAGAGUCCACAUCUUUGCAGUUUUCAGAGGAGAACACACCUGAAUUAUUACUUAGAGCACUUUUUUCUUUUUUGAAUUUCAUUUCUAACUUCCUAUUCCAAUACAAUACUACCCAGUCUAUCUCAUUGUCUGUUUACAGCUUAUUAAAUGAGGUGAUGUCCAUGGAGGAACAAACCGAGAUGCUGGAGGACCAGGACCUUGACCCCAAUCAGGGGAUAUAUAUCGAGUUUAAAAGUUUAUUAUGGCCGGGCGCGGUGGCUCACGCCUGUAAUCGAGUGAUGACUCAGUUAACUCUGGCGCUGAAGCAAUGUCACCGGCGAAGUGAUGGUGGUCAUACUGUGCUGCAUCGGGAUCUGAAACCACCCAAUGUUUUCCUGGAUGGCAAGCAAAACGUCAAGCUUGGAGACUUUGGGCUGGCUAGAAUAUUAAACCAUGAUACAAGUUUUGCAAAAACAUUUGUUGGCACACCUUAUUGUAUGUCUCCUGAACAAAUGAAUCGCAUGUCCUACAAUGAGAAAUCAGAUAUCUGGUCACUGGGUUGUUUGCUGUAUGAAUUGUGUGCAUUAAUGCCUCCAUUUACAGCUUUUAACCAGAAAGAACUAGCUGGGAAGAUCAGAGAAGGCAAAUUCAGGCGAAUUCCAUACCGUUACUCUGAUGAAUUGAAUGAAAUUAUUACGAGGAUGUUAAAUUUAAAGGAUUACCAUCGAUCUUCUGUUGAAGAAAUUCUUGAGAACCCUUUGAUAGCAGAGUUGGUUGCAGAAGAGCAAAGAAGAAAUCAUGAAAGAAGAGGGAAAUGUGCACUAAGGAUUUUCAUCAUGUUUUACGUCCUUAUGUUCACUGGACUUGCAUGCUACAUAGUGUUUUUUGAUGCUACCUUUGUCUUUGAAAGGGUGCUCCCUAGAAUGCUUGGGCGCCGCAUAAUGUGGGAGCUACGGGAGAUUAUUGCACCUUUCUUGAAUUUGGAAGUGGAAGACUUGUUACCCUCCUAAAGUUACAGAAGUUGCUGUUAACCCUACUGACUUUCUCCCCAAUAAAAUUCUGGCUGUUCCUG